AUGAAGUGGAAUUCCUGCAUUUUGACCAGCAAGUCAUGGCCUGCCAACACUCUGAACAUUGCCCUGCUGGGGGGAUCAGCAUCUGCCUUGUCUCCCUUUCACUGCUUUCCUCCAGAAAAUCCAAUGGCAGGAAGAUACAGUAACAUACUGCAAGAGAAGUUACAAGAAACUACCAGCAAUUGGAGUCAUCAUGAUCAUGACAAUCAUGAUGAACCAUCAGCCACCAUCCACUUUCACGUACACAACUUUGCCCAGGGCGGCACCGAUUCAUUUGACAAUGCCUUGGUGGUGGACCAUUUGAUGGAUCCCUACAAUACUGAUCUCAUUAUUCGAGAAUUCAGUGUCAAUGAUGGACUGAAUCUUGACGUUCCCAGACGACGAGGAGAUGUCACGGGGCACUUGGACCUGUGGAUGGCACGAGUCUAUUCGCUCUUUGCGGCGGCAGGCAUUUCACCUCCACCACCUCUGUUGCUGUUGCAUCUUUGGGACUACGACGAAGGGAAACAUCUAGAGGAAAUGAAACUAUCGGGACACUUGCGAGAUCAAGUUCUGCAAAGACAGUGGGAUGUCAUUCGUCAUUAUCAAUCCAUUAUGAACUGGGAUAUACAAGUCAUCAAUGUGGCACGAGGUAUCAAUGGAACCGUCGUAGCGGACAAUGUCGAGGCACUCUUGGAUGACCCCCUUCAUCCAUCCUGUACUGCCAACCAACUGAUCUCAUCCAUGGUACACUAUGCCUUGUUGGAAAACAUUGGCGCUCAUUGCACUUCUCAUUCGACACUGCAACAAACAUCCACACCACCGCAACAACAACCAACAGAGUUGAAACCAUUUCGACCUGCUGAGCGCGAUCCCUUUUUGGCGAAUCCAUUCUUUGAUGCCUUUGUUCAAGGUCAUCUAGUAGCACGGGUGGCGUCCAUGUCACCGGAAUUGCCACAUGCCCCCAAUGUAUCCAAUUUCAAUAGCCAAACCAUGCAGUCGUUGGCACUAAUGGACAGUCUGGUGGUCAAUUCCGACCGAGAGGAUUAUCGAAGAAUGGAUCGAAAGACUUUCUGGCGCUUGCCAGGAUGUCAAGAAGACAAUGACAAGCAACCUCUACAAUUUACGCUUCAUGAACCCGAUUUAGAGUACUUGGCCUUUCGUCUCACCAACAUGCAGCGCCAAAUGUGGUUCCGCAUUACCAUCAACAACGGCAUUUCGAAAGACUUUACUCCGGAUUCUCCAUUGUCGCAUCAACGAUUCACCGUGUUGUGGAAGAUUGCCGAUAUUCUAGCUGCUAGUACGAGGGCCCAGCAAUACCACUUGUCCUUUUGCAGUACCAUUCCCAACUAUGGGCGAUUGGAGGGGACCAAAGCCAACGGGGAGGCCCGCACAGAACGAGAUAUCAAACAGGAAACGACCUACCUGCAGUUCGUUGUGGCGGUGAUGAGAAAACCAUGA